AUGUCUAUCACUCUCGUAUACUUCCUUAUUUCGAAAACAAUGAGCAUAGCGUUUGCAGAAGAUUUCGGUGAUAAACAAGACGAACACCUAUUAUAUAAGGUUUGCUUGGAGAAGCUUCGUCUAAAACCACAAUUAUUUAAGUCUCGUGAUGGUGAACUUGUUCAACAGUUGGUCUCGUGUUGUAUGAAGUCAUUUGAG